CAGAAGUAGAAUAAAAAUAAAUCCAUCAAAGACACAAAUGUUAUGGUUGCAGAGCAUGCUCUAAUUGGUUAAGUACAUCAAAAUACAUCCCAAAACUGUUCUGUAAUCACUUUAGGUAAUGAAAUUAUGAUUAUGAAUGCACAGAUAAACGCAUCCACAUACACACAUUUUUGUCUUCUAACAAAUCAUAUCAUGUUUUAGUGUGAAUGUAUAACCAUAACAAAUUCAAAGUAUAACCAACGUUAGACGCAAAUUUACGUAAAUUUAUUGACAAAAUGUAUGAGUAAAGGAAAACAGAAUUAACUUGAACUUUAUACACCAAUCAUAUAUUAAUAACAUCACUGCAUAAACAUACGCAAAAAAUAUAAAUUCGUUCUACUCUUUUGAAAUAUUUAAACAGGUUAACCAUAUUUUCUGCGUUUACUGUUAACUAUGGAAGGCCUCUUCAAACUGCACCUUGUGGGUGCUGUUCUUUCUUAUAUUUUGAUUAGUAACAUAUUCUGUGAAGGAAAUAAACUUGAAAAUCAAAUUGACAUUAAUAAUAAGAAACUCAGACACGUUCAUCUGGUAUUUCGACAUGGAGACAGAUCACCAAUGAAUCAAGUACCAGAAAUAUAUGAAGAUUUUGAGAGUAUUUGGCCAGAAGGAACUGGUAAACUAACAGAUAUCGGAAUUCGACAACAAUAUCUUCUCGGCAGAUGGCUACGACGAAAGUACGGAAACUUUAUCCCUGAUAAAUACAACAGUUCAAGCUACUACCUAAGGAGUACAGACAAGGAUAGAACUUUGAUGUCCGCGAUGGCUAAUUCUGCUGGUUUUUUCAGCUCAUCUUUCUCGCCUCUUGAUGAAUUCGAUCUACAUUGGUCACCAGUACCUGUUCAUACUGUGUCACAAGAUACCGAUAUGUUCCUGAGUAUGGAUGAUUGCCCACGUUUGAAAGUACUGAGAAAGCUGAAAAUGUAUUCUCCUGAUUCGAUUGAAUUUGAAAAAAAACACAAGAAGCUGUUUCAAAUACUAAGACGUGCUACUGGUUUGCGUGUGAAUCGAUUUACCAUUGGAGAAAUCGCUGAUUUUUUGAAAUGUAUGAAAGGUAGUAAUGUUUCUCUACCUGAAUGGUGCACAGAUGAAGUGCUGGAUGAGAUCUAUGAGGUUCAAAGUUUUUACUGGAAGAAAAAAUAUGCUUCUUCAACUGAGAUUAUUCGUCUUGAAGCUGGACUAAUUCUUCACAACUUCAUUAAAUAUAUGCGUUCACUUGUCAGAGGAAAACUUAUCAGCCCAUCUGAAGAUAUUCCAAUGUCUAAGAAUCAUAUGGUAGCCUAUUCAGCUCAUGAUACUGAUUUGACAUAUAUUCUAGCCGCUCUUGGUGUUUUUGACAACAAAACUAUUGAGUAUGCGGCUGUUGUAUCAUUGGAAGUCUAUGGACCAUCGAAACCAGCGGAUGAAAGUCGAUUUAUCUUAAAAGUCUUUUACAAAAGAGGUUGGGAAGAUGAAGAUGGUGAAUACCUAUCAUUGCCAAUAUGUGAUAACUCGCAGUUUGCUGAUGGAUGUCCCCUGAAUAUUGUCUUUCAGCACCUUGAAACACUGGCUAUACAUCCACGCAUAUAUGCAAGUGAGUGCUCUUCUGGUCUUGCUAAAUUAGACAGUCAGGCAACAACAAUAUUAAGUACAAAAGUAAUUGUGUUUUUCACUAUCUUUAUGUUGUCCUUUGUGCUGAUAUUGUUAUUCUCUAUGUUUGCAAUGCGUUCGCAACAAAAAAUUCAGGAAGAGGUUGUUGAGGAACCAAUGCUAAAAAAGUGAGGUACGCUUCUACUAAUAUAUUUUACUUGUAUUUGACAAAAUCUUUAAAUUAUUAUCUCUUAACUGACUUUUGUGCUUAUUCUACUCAGAAAUGUUUUCUCCGGUACAUCAUACAGUGAAAUUACCUUAAACCGCAAUUUUGUAUGAAAUUAAGACCUUUUGUAAUCAUUGGAAUUUAAUGCAGUAUAAUAAACUUUUU